UUGGAGAUGCCUUUAGUACCCGUUGAAUGAAUGUUCAGACCUUUUCUUGACCCACAAGAUAAACCCAUUUUCUAUAAUCAAACGAAGAUGUGAUUUCCUUUUCUAUGCAACCACUCACAGCCACUAAUCUAUAAACCUUGGCCCGCCCACGGCUUCUCGCUCUCGCCCACAGAUAUAUAAUAACAUUUUCGAUUCUUUCUCCACUUGAUCCAUCUUCGUUCCUAAUUCCUGUUCACACCAACAACGAUUGUUUCUGAUCUGAACAUUCGCAAAUGGCGACCAAAAAGAGCGUGGGUUCUCUCAAGGAAGCCGAUCUUAAGGGAAAGAAAGUGCUCGUGAGGGUGGAUCUGAACGUGCCGUUGGACGAUAGCCUUAAAAUCACCGACGAUACCAGAAUCAGAGCCGCCGUCCCCACGAUCAAGUACUUGAUUGGCUAUGGCGCUAAAGUCAUCCUCACCACCCAUCUCGGACGUCCGAAAGGGGUCACGCCAAAGUACAGCUUGAAGCCUCUUGUUCCUAGACUAUCUGAACUACUUGGUCUCGAGGUGAAGAUGGCUAACGACUGUAUUGGUGAAGAAGUUGAGAAGCUGGUGUCUGCUUUGCCAGAUGGAGGUGUUAUUCUACUGGAGAACGUUAGGUUCUACAAAGAAGAGGAGAAGAAUGACCCAGAGUUUGCGAAAAAGCUAGCUUCUUUUGCAGAUUUGUAUGUUAACGAUGCUUUCGGAACUGCCCACAGAGCUCAUGCUUCCACAGAAGGAGUAGCCAAGUACUUGAAGCCCUCUGUUGCCGGUUUCCUUAUGCAGAAGGAGCUUGAUUAUUUAGUUGGAGCUGUGGCCAACCCAAAGAAGCCAUUCGCUGCAAUUGUCGGUGGUUCAAAGGUAUCUACAAAGAUUGGUGUUAUUGAGUCGCUGUUGGAGAAGGUAGAUCUCCUCUUGCUCGGUGGAGGAAUGAUCUUUACUUUCUACAAAGCCCAAGGACAUGCUGUGGGGUCCUCACUCGUAGAGGCUGAUAAGCUUGAUCUUGCAAACUCACUUAUGGAGAAGGCUAAGGCUAAGGGGGUGUCCCUUUUGCUGCCUACAGAUGUAGUUGUGGCUGACAAGUUUGCUGCUGAUGCUAACAGCAAGAUUGUUCCAGCGUCUCAAAUUCCUGAUGGAUGGAUGGGUUUAGAUAUUGGACCAGACAGUAUUAAAUCAUUCGGUGAAGCUUUGGACUCCACCAAGACCAUCAUCUGGAAUGGUCCUAUGGGAGUGUUUGAAUUCGACAAGUUUGCAGCAGGAACAGAGGCCAUUGCCAAAAAAUUGGCUGAACUCAGUGGGAAAGAAGUGACCACGAUCAUAGGAGGAGGUGAUUCUGUUGCUGCAGUUGAAAAAGUUGGUCUGGCGGAUAAAAUGAGCCACAUCUCAACUGGAGGUGGUGCCAGCCUGGAACUUCUUGAAGGAAAGCCACUACCUGGAGUUCUAGCCCUUGAUGAUGCUUGAGGUGGACACUUGUUUUCUUGCUAUUUCCGUUUUUGCUGCAAUUCCAUUUGUUUUGUGGUGUUUGCAGGCCUAAUAAGAAUGAUUGUGACCUCUACUUUUUAUUAGAUUUUACCGAGUGAUGUGUUUUUAGUGAUUUUGGGUGGAAUUUCCCCUUUUUUCGUGGGUUACUUUGGAUGAUGGGCUGUAUUGCAGUCUGGCAGAGCAAUAAAUUUUGGUUCAACGGAUACAUAUUUUAUAGAUGAACGUAAUUCUCUCUGUAGUUGUUAUGUUGCUGCUUUUAACUUUUGUAGACACAUGACAAUUAGGGAGCUUGCAGGGUAGUUACUGGUUUGCGAUCGAACCAAUGUAUGUUCAGACGACUCGGGAGUCUGGACUAUGCUUUAGCAUUGGCCAGUUUUGAUUUAGAAACUGGCUGCACUUCAUGAUUUUUCAAAAAUCAGUGUCUAACCAAAACAGCAUAGCAGUUAGUUUCGAUUACCUAUCAGUAGGCUAUUCCUACAUAAACUGUUCCAUAUAUCAGGGUUUGCUUGCAUAUGUUGUAAAAUGGGUAAAUUUACAACUCGGCUAGAGUUCAGUGUUUUUGUAGAAG